AUGGCGGAGAGCUGGCUACGCGUCUCGGGAGCAGGGGCAUCGGAGGAGGCCGGACCGGAAGGCGGCCUGGAGGAGUCCGACGCCCUGGAUGACAGCCUGACCAGCCUGCAGUGGCUGCAGGAAUUCUCUAUUCUCAACGCCAAGGCCCCCGCCCUGCCUUCGGGGGGCACCGACCCCCACGGCUACCACCAGGUGCCAGGCUCGGCCGCGCCGGGAUCUCCCCUGGCGGCCGACCCCGCCUGCCUGGGGCAGCCGCACACACCCGGCAAGCCCACGUCGUCGUGCACGUCGCGGAGCGCCCCCUCGGGGCUGCAGGCCCCGCCUCCCGACGACGUGGACUACGCCACCAACCCGAACGUGAAGCCGCCCUACUCGUAUGCCACGCUCAUCUGCAUGGCCAUGCAGGCCAGCAAGGCCACCAAGAUCACCCUGUCGGCCAUCUACAAGUGGAUCACGGACAACUUCUGCUACUUCCGCCACGCUGACCCCACCUGGCAGAACUCCAUCCGCCACAACCUGUCCCUGAACAAGUGCUUCAUCAAGGUGCCUCGGGAGAAGGACGAGCCAGGCAAGGGGGGCUUCUGGCGCAUCGACCCCCAGUACGCCGAGCGGCUGCUGAGUGGGGCCUUCAAGAAGCGGCGGCUGCCCCCAGUCCAAAUCCACCCAGCCUUUGCCCGCCAGGCCGCGCCCGAGCCCAGCGCCGCCCUGUGGGCCGGGCCACUGACCGUGAACACCGAGGCCCAGCAGCUGCUGCGCGAGUUCGAGGAGGCCACUGGGGAGGCGGGCUGGGGUGCGGGCGAGGGCAGGCUGGGGCAUAAGCGUAAACAGCCGCUGCCCAAGCGGGUGGCCAAGGUCCCGCGGCCCUCCAGCACCCUGCUGCUGACCCAGGAGGAGCAGGGCGAGCUGGAACCCCUCAAGGGCAACUUUGACUGGGAGGCCAUCUUCGACGCCGGCACGCUGGGCGGGGAGCUGGGCACGCUGGAGGCCUUGGAGCUGAGCCCGCCGCUGAGCCCCGCCUUGCACGGGGACGUGGACCUCACCGUCCACGGCCACCACAUCGACUGCCCUGUUACCUGGGGGCCUCCGGUGGAGCAGCCUACCAACAGCCUGGACUUCGACGAGACCUUCCUGGCCACAUCCUUCCUGCAGCACCCCUGGGACGAGAGCGGCAGUAGCUGCCUGCCCCCCGAGCCCCUCUUUGAGGCCGGAGAUGCCACCCUGGCCUCUGACCUGCAUGACUGGGCCAGCAUGGGCGCCUUCUUGUAAGAAGCCAGGCCCUGCCCCACCUCCAGACAGCGCCCAAGUCUGGGCCCAGACUGCCCCCCCCCACCAGUGCAGGCCCAUGGACACCCUACCGCCCAGGCAGGGGCUGGGCCCGGUCACCCCGUGAGGCCACACGGCCCCAAGCCCAGGCCAUCCUCAGAUUCUAGUCCAGCAGGCUGAGAAUUGGGGCCCAGAACCAAAAUUGCUGCCUCCGCUGCCCAGUCCCCCAUACACACAGUGUUUCAUUGAUCCACUUCUUCCCUGCC